AUGUCUAACCCCACCACUCCGACAGACUCCCUAGGCAGAGCAGCCUUGUCUGAUGGGACAGCUACCAGGAGACUUCCAUCGCUCCCACAACUACCCGAACGUGCGGUCACCCCAACUCAGUCCAGUCCUGUCUCUUACAAACGUAGCGGUGAUGGGUUCUUGAUGCCUGAGCCAAAACGCAGCAGGACCCUUGAAGCAUCAACCAAGGAGACGCCUAUAUCUCCUACAUCUCCUCAGCCGAAACGCGGCAACACCACUGAAGCAUCAGCCACCCAGAAGGCUGCGGACGCGGCGCGUGAACUGCAGUUUUAUAUCGGACGUGUGCAAGCUUAUAUAAACUCUAUGAAAGAAGAAGGCGGGGACAGACGUGCUGCCGCGGCAAAAAUCCAAUCCGUUGUGAGCUGCUGGAGAAUGGUUAUGGGCUAUGUUCUCGAAGGACCAGAAUGGAAAUGGACAGAGACGGAGCUCAAGCUGCUCAAUUUCCCUAUUCCGAUUUCAGAGCAGGAAACAGAGGUGCAAGCGGUGAUGUUGAAAGCUGCCAAUGACGCCUACGAUAGCCUCAGCAUGAGUUUGAAACUGAAGCUCUCUCUCGGUUCCCCCUCUGAAUUUGGCAAGCCCGGCCCUGACGGCUGGGAAAAGGGGCAGCGCGAAACCUCUGGGUCCCUUCGUUUGGAUGGUGGGUAUAGACGUGUAAAGCCCGUGCUUCCAGUAGAUUGA